AUGGCGCCCGCGAAACAGAAGGGUCAGAAGAUGACCAUCAGCAACUUCUUGGCCGACGAGAGCCUUGGCUCUUGGGCUGAUGAGAUGGAGGACAUGCCCCUCCCAUGGCCCUCCGCAUCCUCUGGCUUCGGCAGCCGCCCCGCUGGUGGCAUGGGUUUUGGCGGCAACAGCUAUGGUGGUGGCAGUGGUUUCGAACGUGAGACCCGUGGAGGAUACGCCGUUCGCGAGCCGCUCGCUCUUCCCACCGAGCCCCCUUACACUGCCCACGUUGGCAACCUUUCAUUUGAAGCGACCGCCGAUGACAUCUCCGACCUUUUCGCCGGCUGCAGCGUGACCAACGUCCGCAUUGUCGAGGACAAGCUUACCAAGGCCCCCAAGGGCUUUGGAUACGUUGAGUUUGAGACCCUGGAUGGCCUCCAGAAGGCCUUGGAUCUGUCUGGCACCACCUUGCAGGGCCGUACUAUCCGCACUAGCGUUGCCGAGCCUCCCAAGGAAUCUCGUCCUGAAGGCCGUGACCUUGACUGGACCCGCCGUGGACCCCUUCCCGCUGCUCCUGAGCGCCGUAUCCCCGAGCGCUCCAGCUUUGGCCGCGGCAUGGAUGCCGCAUCUGAUGCCGGCAGCGAGCGCGGUGGCCGUCGUAACAACUUCGAGUCCGAUGGAAAGUUCCGUGGCCGCACCCACAGCAAUGAAGGACCUGGCUCCGCCUACCGGAGAAGCUCACCUGCAUGGGGUGAGGGUCAGGGUCGUUCCCAGGAUGAUGGCUCGCGCCCCCCUCGUCCCGAGCGGACCCCUACCGCUGCCGAUAUGGACAACCAGUGGCGCUCCAAGAUGCGCCCCGAUCAGCCAACCAAGGAAGCUGGCGCUCCCACAUCGCCCACUGUUCCUGCCGCUCGCCCUAAGCUGAACCUCGCCAAGCGUACCGUUCCUGACGCUGCCACUGCCGCCGCUUCCUCCACCGGUGACUCCAAGGCCAGCCCCUUCGGUGCGGCCCGCCCCAUUGACACUGCCGCUCGUGAGCGUGAGGUAGAGGAGAAGCGCCAGCAGGCUCUGCGCCAGAAGAGGGAAGCCGACGAGAAGGCUCGCGCCGAGAAGGCUGAGAAGCCCAAGCAAGCUAAGGAGAGCCGCGUUGCCGGCACUGAUUCCAACAAGGAUGAUGUGGACACCCCGAAGGGUGGGGCUAACUUUGAGAUCCUCCGGCGGGCCGGUGGGGAGGAGAGUGGUAUGAACGCUGAUGCGGACGCCGAGGAGAAAUCUGCUCCUGCUGCGGAGGCCGCUGAUGCCAAGCAGUCCACUGCCAAUGGCAACUGGAGGACUACUGAGCCCACUGACGAAAAUGACGGCUGGAGCACCGUCAGCACAAACAAGCGCAGCAACCGUCGUGGUGGUGGCCGUGGAUUCUGA